AUGCUCCAGAACCUCCAAGGUCGUGGGCUGAGUGCUUGUAUCUCACUGGCCUGUGGCUUCGCCUUCCUCCUUUUCGGUUACGAUCAAGGUCUCAUGGGCGGACUCCUCUCCAAUCCGCGGUUCGUCGAGACGUUCAACAAUCCGAAUCCCACAAUUCAGGGCCAAAUUGUGUCUACCUACUAUCUCGGCUGCAUUGUGGGAGCAUUCUUCUCCAUCUUUGUGGGUGACACAUUUGGUCGAAGAAGAGCCAUCAUGCUCGCAUGCACCCUGGUGGUCAUCGGAGGCACCAUCCAGGCGUCCUCGUACUCCUUGGGUCAACUAUUCCCUGGCCGUGUCAUUGCUGGCAUGGGCACUGGGAUGAACACCACGGCUAUCCCCAUGUGGCAAAGCGAAACUAGCAAGGCCAAACACCGAGGGAAAAUGAUCGUCCUUCAGCUCACCUUGGUCCUUUCGGGCGUGGUCGUUGUCAGCUGGAUGAACUACGGGUUGUCCUUUGCCGACGCGACCAGUGUCAGCUGGCGGUUUCCCAUUGCAUUCCAGAACUUCUUCGCCCUCACCAGUAUUGUGUUGACAUUCUUGAUGCCGGAGUCGCCGAGAUGGCUUUGUCUCAAGGACCGCAAUGACGAAGCCCGGGCUGUCAUUGCCCGUCUCGCUGCUGCGCCGCCGGAGUCCUUGGAGGUUUCCGAGGCUAUGGCUCUUAUCUUGGAACAGCUUCAGCGCGAACGAGAGCUCUCAGGGACUCGCUGGAAAGAAGUUUUCACCAAUGGAAAACAACAGAAUUUUUACCGAAUAUGCCUCGGGGGUGGAUGCUUUGUCAUGCAGCAGAUGGGCGGCAUCAACGUGUCCGCGUCCUACCUUCCAGUCGUUCUGAUGCGUGCAUUUGGCUUCAGCGACAGAAUGGCUUUGGUUCUUGCUGCGGUUGCUUCGAUGACUUUGGUCCUUUGGGGUGCCCUUGGUGCUCUUCUUAUCGACAGAUUUGGCAGAGUCAAGCUUAUGUUGAUUGGGGCGACUGGAAUGGGCCUCUGUUACAUUUUCGUCGCGGCUGGUCUCAGCCAGAACACGAAAGGCUGGAAUGCGGUUGCUGUCCUGUUCUUGUUUAUGUACUACAUUCCCUACGGCCUGAUGUUCGUGUCCAUUCCCUACAUGUACCCAAGCGAAAUCAAUUCUCAGAUGAUGAGGAAUACGGGCACCGCUAUUGCCAUGGUGACGAAUUGGCUUUUCGUCUACAUCAUAGUCUUGAUAACGCCAGACAGUCUUGCCAACAUUGGCUGGCGCUUCUUCAUUAUCUUCGCCGUCCUCAACAUCUCUUUCGUGCCAUUCAUCUGGUACUUCUAUGUGGAGACUGCGAAGCUCAGCUUGGAGGAAAUCGAUCGAAUGUUUGAGAUUUAUUACGACUCCGGAAAGAAGAUCACUUUCACAGAAGCUGCUCUUCGUGCGAAGGAGGAGUCCGCGGAAAUCGUGCGACAGGUUGCGGAAAGGACGAACAAGCCUGAAGGUAUCGAGCUCGCACAGAUUGAGAAGGCGUCGGCCUAG